AUGAAAAUGGCGGGAAAGGAGGAGACUUCGAUAUCAAAGCCAAAAAUGGAGGAAGAAUCGAGUGUGUGUUGGAGAAAACAAGUCGAUGAUAACCUCAAGCGGCUCCAUUCUCUGCUAUUCGGUGCUGAUUUGGCUCUGGAGAAGGGGGAUUUCAGCUCCGCGCAAGUGCAAGCCCUCGGGCUUAUCGGCUUCCUCGAUUCCCGCUCUCACUCUCAAGUCGACGAGGCCUUUAUACGUCCGAUUCGCCGUGAAGCUGUAACCAAGCUCGACACGGCUCGACGCUCACUGGUUCCUAAUUCGGAUCGCCAAGCAUUUGAACAAGCAGGAAGGGAUCCAGGCUGCAUAUUUGGCAAGAGAAGUAAUAUCAACAUAGAGAAGAUUAAGCAGUCUAAGUAUUUCCGUGUUCUUAUUCAGCAGUACAAUGGAAAAACUUUGAAUGAAUCGGUAACUCAACUUGACAAGCAGGAGAAUUCGAGUUGCAAGACCUCUAACACUCUGAUACAGGGAAAACUCACAUCCUUGUAUGGAAAUGUCUCCAGAGAAAGUAAUAGAAAUUUCACAAAAGAUAAGAGCUCUGAGGAUUGUGUUCUUGUUGAAAAGAACUAUCCUAGCCAUUUCUCUUUUAAUAAUCAUUCUGUGCCUGCAUUUAUUAAAGCCGAAGGAGAAAAACCUCAUGGGAAGAGUUUCAAUACAAAACGGCUGCAUAGGGAAAUCAUUAGCCCGAAGAAUGAAAAUGUAAAGUCUCCAUCAUGUAGUGAAGAAACUGAGAAUGAUGCUUCUGGCAAUGGAUUUGUCACUGCAAGAGCAAAACUGGAAAUGGAUGUUAGGCAAAGGCGAGGCUUAACAGGAUCACCAAGUGAUUCAGUCUCACCACAAAGUGACAUGGGAAAUAACAAAGGUUAUGGAGUCAGAUCCUAUGGAUUCUCACGUCGUGGCAUCCGGGGUAACUUCAUCCCCCCAAUCAGAUCCAAUGGUAAUAAUAUGGGUAAUAUUACUAAAAGCAUUGCUGGAAAGGGUGAAGAUGCAUUAGAUGACUCAACAAAAAGAUGUUUGGAAUUGCUGUGUGGUGCUGAUGGUGAACUUCCCGAGAAACUAAGGAAUUUGGAACCACGGCUUAUUGAACAUAUCAGCAAUGAGAUAAUGGACCAGGACCCUAAUGUGCGUUGGGAUGAUAUUGCUGGUUUGGAGCAUGCAAAAAAAUGUGUGACUGAGAUGGUUAUAUGGCCUUUGUUGCGCCCGGACAUCUUUAAAGGUUGCCGUUCUCCUGGCCGUGGUCUUCUCCUUUUUGGGCCUCCUGGAACUGGUAAAACUAUGAUAGGUAAAGCCAUAGCUGGAGAGGCGAAAGCAACCUUUUUCUACAUAUCUGCCAGUUCAUUAACAAGCAAAUGGAUAGGUGAGGGUGAAAAGUUAGUCAGGGCACUUUUUGGAGUUGCUAGUUGUCGGCAGCCUGCUGUAAUAUUUGUGGAUGAAAUAGAUUCACUUUUAUCGCAGCGCAAGUCAGAAGGUGAACAUGAAUCAAGCAGGCGAAUGAAGACACAAUUUCUCAUUGAAAUGGAAGGCUUUGAUGGUGGAAACGAACAAGUUCUGUUAAUAGGUGCAACUAACAGACCUCAAGAACUUGAUGAGGCCGCAAGGAGGAGACUUACGAAGAGACUGUAUAUACCACUCCCCACUUCAGAUGCAAGAGCUUGGAUUAUUAAGAAUCUUUUGGAAAAAGAUGGAUUAUUUGACCUUUCACUGGAGGAUAUUGAUGCAAUAUGCAAAUUGACUGAUGGGUAUUCGGGAUCGGAUAUGAAGAAUCUGGUGAAGGACGCUUCCAUGGGUCCACUCAGAGAAGCGCUAAGACAGGGUAUUGAAAUUACAAACCUGAAAAAGGAUGAUAUGAGGCCAGUAACUCUUCAGGACUUCGAGAAUGCAUUACACGAAGUGAGAGCGUCCGUUUCCUUGAACGAACUUGGUAUAUAUGAGGAAUGGAACAAACAAUUCGGCAGCUUAUCAUUGUAG